UCCGCCCGGCCCGAGGCUGCGAUGUUGUCGCUGCCGCCCGGGCUGCUCCGCCGCCUGCGGGAGGCGUCGCUGCCGUUGCCAGCCCCGCCGCAGCCGUCCCCUGCUCCCGUCCUGCCGCUGCCGCCCUUCACGUUCGCUCCCCGCCGGCUCCAGCUCGGCUCCCACCACCCGCUCUUCGAGGAUGGGGACGUUCACAGGCACCUCUACCUCCAGGGGGUCCUCACCAGCCUCGGCGAGGUGGCGGAGAAGCCCAAAGUAUCAGAAUUCAGUUGCCACAUCCCUGGGUGCUGCCAGGUCUUUGACACACUGGAAGGCUACGAGCACCACUACAACACGCUGCACAGGAACGUGUGCUCCUUCUGCAAGCGCUCCUUUCCAUCUUGGCAUCUCCUGGAUAUCCACAUCUUGGAGUGGCACGACUCACUCUUCCAGAUAAUGGCUGAGAAGCAAAAUAUGUACAAGUGCUUGGUAGAAGGCUGUGCAGAGAAGUUCAAGAGCAGCAAGGACAGAAAGGAUCACUUGAUCACUGUUCAUCUUUAUCCUGCUGACUUUCGGUUUGAUAGACCAAAGAAAGUGAAAAGUGGCCCCAAGCACAUGAGCAAUCCCGCAAAGCAGGAUGCCAGUGUGCCGAUGGAUAUGAUUGUGGAGACAGAGCAAUUCCAAGUGGAUCCCAUGGAAGUAGCGCCCAGUGAGACCAUGGAGAUCCCUGAGCCUGCAGCCAGUUCUUUCUCCUCAGUGCCAGAGAAACGUCUCUAUAAAUCCAGGAUCCCAUCCACAAUUUGCUUUGGACAAGGUGCUACCCGAGGAUUUAAAGGACCAAGGAAAAAAGUCUGAAGGUCAAUACAGCAGCUCCAGCAAGCACAGCCCUUGAGACAUGGGGCAGGUUGAGCUCACACAGAGAGUCUCAGACUGCAGCAGACGGUGCUGGUGGGCCUGCAGUGGUGUGGAGGUGAGAGGAAAUAGGUUGCUGCAGCUGACCCUACACGGGGUUAUCUUCUUGAUUCUUUCCUUUUGGGGGAAAAAUGGAUUCAGGGAAUUCCAAGACAAAACCUGAUGACUGUACAGGAGCUGGAGCCACUGACAAAAAAGAAAAGGGGGG